AUGGAUCCAGACAUCAUCACCAAUGGCUCUCAUCAUGACUCUCAAGACAAUGCUCAUCCACCCUCCUCUCCUCCCGCACCGCCCUCAGACCCAGAGACAAUCCAUGACGUUCCUCCACUUGCCGGUCCUUCGACCGACAAGAAUCCUAUGUCACCUCCUUCGACCGCUCAGAACAAUAUGUCACCCGCACUUACCGACACACCUAGGUCGUCCAUGGACAUAUCGGACAGAACGGGGCAACUCGAGUCGCAGCUCUUGGCGGUGAGACAAGAGAAGGAUGUGUUACAAGCUCAAUAUAGAGCUUUACUUGGGAAAUUGACUGCUAUGCGACAAGGUUUAGGUGAAAAAUUGAAAGAAGAUGCUGAAGAACUGGAUAGAAGAGAAAACACUAUAAAUUCUCUAACAACUGACAAUGCAACAUUACAAAAUACAAUAUCAACACUUCAGAAAGAACUCGUAUCGGCCAGUCAAGAAUCUCAAAAUUUGCAAAAUCAAAUACAACAAUUACGUUCUCAAUCGGAUUCUUCAUCAUCGGAUGUUUUAUCUCUUACAAGAGAGAUGAGAGAGUUAAGAGGGGAGAUGGAGAGAUUACGGGUAGAAAGAGAAGAAUGGGAGACGGAAGCUUCGAAAGAGAGAGAAAGGAGGGAAGCGACGGAGGAGGAAAUGAAUUUGUUAGAAAGAAGAGAGAGGGAUAUGAGGAGAGAAUGGGAAAGGGCAAGGGAAGAGUUAGAAAUGGAAAGAGAAAGAGCUAGGAAUUUACAAGAGGUUCUAGGAGAGUUUCAAGCGGCCAAAGAUUCAGAGCUCAGACAAGCUACUACCGAACUCGAAACACAACUUCGACUAGCAGCCACUUCAUUAUCAGAGUUCAAACUUCGUGCUGCUAACGCCGAGACGAGACUAUCCGAAGUGUCAAACGAUGCUUUAAGAGCGUCAGCUCUGGAACUAGACGUCAGAGAGAAGAACAAGACGAUUGCAAAGUUACGACAUGAGGCCGUGGUCAAUAAUGAACAUCUCACAGAAGCUUUGAGACGGUUACGGAAAAACCAAUCUUCGGAUAAUGUGGAUAGAAGAUUAGUGACAAACAUCUUGUUGUCUUUUUUGACCACGUCCCGACAUGAUUCCAAACGAUUCGAGAUGUUGUCAAUACUUUCUACUAUCUUAUCUUGGGAUGAUACGGAGAGAGAGAAAGCGGGUUUACAGAGAAUAGGAAAAGUGCCGACUCCGAAGACUAGACGGAAAGAUAGUGGACAAGGUUCUGGGAGGAGGGGAAGAGCAGAGAUGUAUGAACCCAAUACUGACAAUGAACAGUCAUUCAGCAACCUGUUCGUCGAAUUCCUUUUAAAAGAAGCAUCCCAAGGUCAACCUUCUCGACCAGAUCCAAACCCUCAAUCAGGUUCCCCACUCCGUUCACCUCCUCCAAAUUCCGUCUCAUACUCUCCUCCCGUCACAGGAACCAGCACUCCCUUUUCCCGACCAAGACGAUUGUCGUCCAGUAGUAGCGUAUCAGCCAUGACGGAUCGUCCCCCCGGUUUACCAAUGCAUCCGAGACAAAAUAGUAUUUCACUUACUCAAGCUCUACGUCCUGGAUCAUCGGGUACACCACCUGCAGGUCGGUCAUGA